CGACCUCCGCGCGGCCCCCGCUUCCGGUUUGGUCACGCUUGCCGCAUGCAGGUCGCACGCUCGUGGAACAGGCCCUUUAAGCUAAAAAGCGAUGUCAUUUAGUCUUUUACAUUUCCACACUUGGAUAAAAGUUCUGACUGUCUAUCUUAUCAAAAAAAAGGGUGGCACAGCAACAUCACGGUAGAUUUGCUGCCUUACAGCGACAGAUACCCGGGUUAAAUCCUGACUACAGGUGCUGUCUGUACAGAGUUUGUACGUUCUCCCUGUGAACAGGUGGAUUUUCUCCGGUUUCCUCACACACUCCAAAGGCGUACAGGUUUGUUGGUUCAUUAGCUUUGGUAAAAAUUGUAAAUUGUACUUUGUGUGUAGGAUAGUGUUAGCACGAUUCUAGUUUGCUCCAUGACCUCUUGUGAUCUUUCUCCUCAGGGCCGCACACACACAUGCUCUCUUUCAGUGUUUGCUUGUGAAAAUCACAGUGUGGGGACACAUAGACCGCUGGGCACUUCUGCCUUAUAAAUCGGGAUAAGAGGAUGUCUGAAGUGACCAGGACCGCAGUGAUAAAUGGGCAGCAACUUCUGCUGGAGUCCAAUGCACCGUCUGUGAUAAAGUCCAUUUCUGCCGAAGGAUGAAGAAAUUUGAAGGCCGAGGGAAGCCUUUGGUGUGGGCUUUGCUGUGGGCAUCUCUGCUGCUCAAAACCUCAGCUGUCAACCCACAAAACACCAUGGAGGGCAGGCAGAUUGAAGUGCAGAUAACAGGAACCUUUCUGCCGUCGACCCAGACACCGACCAAGGAGACUGUGCCUCAGGAAGACGAAGGUCUUCCAAUAUCUGGAGUUGAGAUACUUCGUGUCACUCCAGAAGAUAAAAUGCUUGUGGCCGGUUACGAGACCAUCGUGACUGGUGACGGUGGGCCUUCACCGGCGUCGCACAGCCCCGCUCAAAGCCCCAAUUUGCAAAAUCCCAAACGGACCAACAUAGCGACCAGCGUGCCCCAUGACACUAGUCCCAGUGGGAGCUCCGCGCCAACUUUACAUGAGAGACCUAGCAACAUCCAGGCUCCUCAUCAAUUAGAAACCAAUGUGGCCACAGACGUCAUGAACACGAGCCCAACACCAACACACCGCCCAACCGUGAACCGUUCUCUCACACCGGCCAAAGGUUCUUCCCAACACGCUAACUACAUGCCAACAGGUGGUCACUUGGCCAAACGCUUAGGACCUCAGUUGGCAAUGAAGAACCCACGCCGGCCCUCAGCUCCCAACAUAUCAGGGAACUAUUCCGCCACCAUCCUCUGGAGGCCGGGACGCGGGAAGAACGUCACCAAUGGCAACGUCAAGCGGUCAAAGCAGCACAAACUCACCAAAGCCACAAAGAAGUGUCAGAAACAGCCAUCUGCCAAGCUGAAGGUAAAGUCCCAGGUCCCUGGGAAACCAGGUCGGACAAAGCUGCAACAGGGGCAGCAGAAGAGGAAAAACGUGAAGCCAAAAGCGUUCCCCUACUUUGAAGAUCAUUACUGUCCCCCACAUUGCACGUGCUACGGAAGGGUUGUCCAAUGCUCAGAUCGAGGACUUAACAGAUUCCCGUACGGAAUCCCCUUCAACACCAGGAGUCUCUUCCUCAUGAACAACCAGAUCGAUGUGAUUCCUAUGGAGUUACUGAGCGAGUAUGUAUCGCUUGAGUUCCUCGUGCUCAACAGCAACCGGCUGACAGACGCUGGGCUGGAGGGCUCUCUGGAGCGUAUGGAGAAGCUGACUCGCUUGUACCUGGACCAGAACCAACUCUCCCGUGUUCCCGUCACUCUGCCCCCUUCCCUGGAAGAGCUGACGCUCAACUCAAACAACAUCAGUACCAUGUCAGCUCGAGACUGGGCAACGUACAGGAACCUCCGAAUCAUCAGCCUCAAUGAUAAUAGACUAAUGGAGGGAUCCAUCCCUGCAGGAGCACUUGGUCCAAUGCAGAACCUUCACACCAUUAAAAUGGAGCACAAUCUCUUGGCUGCUGUCCCCACCGACCUUAGCACCAGCCUACGAGAGUUGUACUUGGAAGGGAAUCAGAUUCAGAAAAUAGCGGACAAUGUACUUAGCAGCUCUUCCGCACUCACACAUCUCAGUCUCCAUAACAACCAGGUCAAUAACAGAGGCAUUGGCCAAAAGGCUUUCCAACAUAUGAGCAAACUUGAAUAUUUGGAUCUCGGUAAAAACGCCCUCACUGCUGUUCCCAAGCAACUUCCUUGCUCCUUGAAGAAGCUGAUUGUUGAAGGGAACGCUAUCGGUGCCAUCAGGAAAGGUAGCUUUUGCAACACGUCGGACUUGGAGGAGGUUUACCUGGCGCACAACCGGAUCGCCCUGGUGGCCACUGGGGCGUUACGGGGGAUGGCCCGCCUCCGGUUUGUGGACCUGAGUCACAACCGUCUGCUCCAUGUGCCCCGGCAGCUGCCGUUAACCUUGUACUAUCUCUACCUGCACGGCAAUCAUAUCUCUCACUUCCCCAGAGACGCCUUCUGCGAUCGUGAGUGGGCGAGGAGCCAUCUAAUACUCGUGCGCCUUGAGAAGAAUAAACUGGACCCGGACCAGGUAGACUCCCGGGCUCUGAGGUGUCUUCGGGGCCACCAGGUGAUUCAUUUCGAGUGAACGGCAAAUCAGAAUAGAGUCAUGUUUAACAUCAAGAGAAAGCUCCCACUUUCCAGCAGAAUCCAUUUGGACAUUGAGUUUAUUCUAUAUUCAAGGCGCAUUAUCCUUUAUUGCGGAUACCUUUUCAUACCACUAGUUUUCCUCCCCCUGACUCUCAGUCUGAAGAAGGGACUCGAUCCGAAAUGUCACCUGUUCCUUUUUUCCAGAAAUGCAUCCUGACUCACUGAGUUACUGCAGCAUUUUGUGUCUAUCUUCGGUGUAAACCAGCAUCUGCAGUUCCUUGUAGGACCGGCAGCAUCCCUGGAGAUAAGGAAUGGGUGACAUUUUGAGUCGAGAUCCUUCUUCGGACUGACCAGCAUCUGCACUUCCUUCCCACACAUCCGUUAUCCUGGUCUCUCUUGUGAAACCCUCAUCUCACCAAACCCUCAUUGCCUUGAAAUAGGAGUCAUUAAUUAAAUGCAGUAAAGAGUUUCAUUAACAACAAAUAGUUUGGCUGCUUCUUCUUUGGUUGGGCUAUUUGACGCAGGAAUUGAUACUGUAGUAUUUGAAUAAAAUGACCAUUUAUUUAAUUCGGAAUUUUUGAUCGUCCUUAUCAGCUUGGUUGGACCACCAAAGGAAAAGUGUGGUUAGUUGAGGUUGGUGGUGGUUUGGGGAGGAGGGAAGGUAUCGUACAUGGGGCGGCAUGGUGGUGCAGCGGUAGAGAUGCUGCCUCACGACGUCAGAGACCCAGGUUCGAUCUUGACCUCAAGCUGCCACAGAAUGUAGUUGAGGCCAGUUCAUAGGCUAUAUUUAAGAGGGAGUUAGAUGUGGCCCUUGUGGCUAAAGGGAUCAGGGGGUAUGGAGAGAGAGCAGGUACAGGACACUGAGUUGGAUGAUCAGCCAUGAUCAUAUCGAAUGGCGGUGCAGGCUCGAAGGGCCGAAUCGCCUACUCCUGCACCUAUUUUCUAUGUUUCUAUGUUUCCAUGUCUGUGCGUAGUUUGAACGUUCUCCCUGUGACUGCGCUGGUUUCCUCCGGGUGCUCUGAUUUCCUCCCACAUCUGAAAGACGUGCAGGUUUGUAAGGUUAAUUGGCUUCUGUAUAAAUUGUCCCUAGUGUGUAGGAUCGAACUAGUGUAUGGGUGAUUGUUGGUUGGCUUGAAUUCGGUGGGUCGAAAGGCCUGUAUCUCUAAACUAAACUAAAAUCAAAUGAAAAGUUCAAUGUUGUUGAACUUUGGGACAGGUUGUAAGGAAAGAGUUCAGAGGUCACCGAGGAAAUUAGAAAUUUCAAAUUUGGCCUCAAAACAGGAAUGACCUCAGAAUGGUUAAAUAGGGGAACAAUCUGCAAAUUUCAAUCAAUGAAAGGAGAGUUUAGUUUAGUUUAGUUCAGAGAUACAGCGUGGGGAAAGGCCCUUCGGCCCACUGAGUCCGCACCGACUAGCGAUCACCCAUAUAUUAGUUCUAUCCUACACUCUAGAGACAAUUUCCUGAAGCCAAUCAGCCUACAAACCUGCACAUCUUUGUAAUAUGAGAGGAAACUGGAGCACCCGGAGAAAACCCACGGGGAGAACAUGCAAACUCCACACAGACAGCACCCGUUGUCAGGAUUGAACCCGAGUCUCAGGCGCUGUGUGGCAGCAACUCUACUGCUGCACCACUGUGUCAAUGUUGAGAUGUUAAUUUUAAACCUGUGAUUGUUAUAUUCUAUGCAAAUAUAUGUAUAUCAGGCAUUCAAGGUAACAACACUAAUUUGGAAAAUCUGACCCUGAAGGGGAAGAUUAACAUACCAGGUUGUGCAAAUGUGCGUAGCUGCACGAUUUAACUGAUGGACUUACAGUUCUUAGGUAUGCAUUCUUGUACGAUGCUCACUGGAUGAAGUGGGAUUCCUCAGUGUGUGGUAACAGGCCCCAUUCAUCAGCCUCCAGUCUUUCAAUUGACCCAGAACUUUGAACCAUUUCCCACAGCGGUGGGUUCAGAUUCUCACCACUCUGUCAAAUCCUGCAAGCAUCUAACACAUCUUGAUUUCAUCACCCCCGUCAUCCUUUGCAUUCAAGUAAAUACAGACCAGAACCUGCCCUGUAAAUUAACCCUUUUAGCCCCAGUAACAUUUUAAGAUGGUGGUGCUGCCUUAGCAGCUGCGGCUCGCCUGCAGUCCGUCUGUUUUGUUUCUUUUUUGUUGUUGUUCUUUUGUCCUGUUUUAGUUCAUCUUUGGUUUAUUAGGUUGUGUAUGUGUGUGGGUGGGGGGAGAAACAUGUUUUUGGUCUCUUCCUUCAGGGGGGGAUGCGACUUCUCUUGUCGUAUCCCCGCCCCCGUCUCCGCCGAGGCCUAAUAGCGGAGCCUGGGCAGCGGCAGCGGCGACCUGGCCUCGGAGAUGGGGCAGUGUUCCGGCGGCAGCGGCCACCCGACCCGAACGCGGGCCCAGUGUCGGGAGCUCGCAGGUCACAGGUUGCGGACCUGUUCUCCGGAGCUCCCGCAACAACAGCUGCGUCCGCUGGACUGGAGGGCCGCAGCUUCGGCAGCUUCGACCUCCCCGGGCCGCGGAGUUGAACCGGCCCGUUUGCGGAGCUCGGAUUCAGCCGCGGGACUGACAUUACUUACCAUCGCCCGGCGGGGUCACAACAUCUGAAGCCUGCAUCGCCUCGACGCAGAGGGAGAAUAAGAAGGGAUGAGACAAAGACUUAAGAUAUUUGCCUUCCAUCACAGUGAGGAGGUGUCUGGUGAACUCACUGUGGUGGAUGUUAAUUUGUGUUUAUUGUGUGUUUUUUGUCAUUUUGUACUAUAUGUAGGACUGCAAGGCAACAAAAUUUUGUUCAGACCGCAAGGUCUGAAUGACAAUAAAGGCUACUUUUGACUUUUGACUUUAAUGAAGUGGUUCGUAAGGUCAUAAGUCACAGGAGCCGAAUUAGGCCAUUCGGCUCAUCGAGUCUACCCCGCCAUUCAAUCUUAGCUUACCCUCUCAACCCCAUUCUCCUGCCAUCUCCCCAUCACCCUUGACACACUUACUAUCAAGAAUCUGUCAAUCUCUGCCUUAAAAAUAGCCGUCUAUGGCAAUGAAUUCCAGAGAUUCACCACCCUCUGACUGUAGAAAUUCCUCCUCAUCUCUUUUUCCGUAGGUACAUCCUUUAUUCUGAAGCUGUGUCCUUUAGUCCUAUACUCUCCCACCAGUGGAAAUAUCCUCUCCACAUCCACUCUAUCCAGGUCUUUCACUAUUCGGUAAGUUUCAAUGAGGUCCCCCCUUAUCAUUCUAAACUCCAGUGAGUACAGGCCCAGUGCAGUACUCCCUCAGUGGGAAGAGAUGCUGCUCUGUCAAAGUUACUAACUUCCAUAUUAGUUUCGAGAUACAGCGAUGAAACAGGCCCUUCGGCCCACCGAGUCCACACCGACCAGCGAUCACCCGUACACUAGCUCUACCCUACACACAAGGGACAAUUUACAGAAGCCAAUUAACCUACAAACCGGCACGUGUUUGAAAUGUGGGAGGAAUCCAGUGCAGCUGGAGAAAACCUAUGUCACGUGGUCACAGGGAGAACGCACAAAGUCCGUGCAGACAGCAACAGUGGAUCGAACCCCUGUUUCUAGCGCGGUAAGGCAACAACUCUACCACUCCUCCACUGUGCCGCCCUGUGAGAUGUUAAAUUGAAGUCCUGCCUUCUCUCUCGGAUGGACUUUGAAUGGGGAAAUUGUUCAUCAGAUCUGCUCCAUCUGAACUUUCUCUGUAGCUGUAACACUAUAUA